AUGGCAGCCGACAAGGAAAUCGGCGAGCAACAGGUGGCUCGAGCCUCUUCAAGCGGCAGUGACAGAAAGCACGAAGAGGAGCACGAUGAUCUUUUCUGGACUGAGGAGGAGGAGGCUACCCUUCUUCGGAGGGUUGACAUCUUGCUUAUGCCGAUCCUGAUCCUUGGUUUCUUCGCGCUGCAGCUUGAUAGAGGAAACAUUGGUAACGCAUUAACCGAUGGCUUCUUCAAAGACGUGGGCAUCACGCAAAAUCAGUUCAACACAGGCCAACAGCUCUUGUCCCUGGGUAUCAUUGUUCUCGAAAUUCCCAGCAAUAUGAUCCUAUACAGGGUCGGGCCAACACUGUGGAUCGGAGGUCAAAUCAUUGCAUGGGGGCUUGUCGCCACAUUCCAAGCUUUCCAGAAGGGCUAUACGGUCUAUGUAAUCACUCGACUACUCCUCGGACUCUGCGAAGCCGGUUUUAUCCCGGCUUGUCUCUUCACCAUGUCUCGGUGGUAUAAGCGAGACGAAAUCAGCAAACGUUUCUCGUGGUUCUUUAUGGGAAACCUUGUCGCGUCAGCGAUGACAGGCAUCAUUGCCUUUGGAAUUCUCCGCAUGCGAGGAAUUGCUGGUCUGAGCGGAUGGCAGUGGCUCUUUAUCCUUGAGGGCAUUUUCACCGUUCUAAUUGGUGUCACAUUUCUUCUGUUCUUCCCCGAUCAAGUCACAAACCCCAAGUCACUCCUAGGCUUGUGCUAUUUCACCGAGCGGGAGGCCCAGAUUCUAUAUCACAGGGUCAUCCGUGAUGAUCCCUCCAAGAAACAGGUGGGAACACACAUCACAUUAGAGGACUUCAAAAGCACGUUCACCAACUGGCGCAUCCUCCCCCAUAUUGGCUUCACCAUUGUUGGCAUGGCGCCGCCACAGGUCAUGGGCUCAUAUGCUCCAACUCUAAUCACAAGCUUCGGGUACAGCGGUCUUCAGUCUAACGCCAUGGUAUCCAUUGGUUACUGGGGUCUUCUUUUCUGCAACCUACUUUGGGGUUGGGCUUGGUACGUUCUCUUGAUCUACCUAGAUUUCUCAGUCAAUAAGACAGCUAACCGUGUCAUAUCAAGCGACCGCCUAGGUGUUCGUGGUCCUAUGGUCCUUCUCGGAUUCAUCCUCGGAUUGGGCUUCAACAUUGGAAACAAAAUCGUCGUCACCUCCACCAGCGCGCAAACCAAGUUUGCGAUCCUGAUAACCUCCAUCGUUUUCUCCUGGCCCUGGCACGCGGUAAAUGGUUCAUGGUUGUCACUCAACGCGAGAACACCUGGCGAGCGAUCCAUCACCAUGGCACUGCACAUCAUGGCCGCCAACUGCUCGGGUAUUGUUGGAAAAGCACUGUUCCGGGAGGACGACGCACCUCAUUAUCCAAGAGGCUUCUCUAUCAUUGUGGCUCUUAGCGCGAUUGGUGUUUUCCUUUCGGCGUUGGCGAAUUUGCAAUACUAUUUUGGCAACGACCGUGUGUUGAAGCGCAAGGGGCUUCGCUAUACGUAUUGA